AUGUACGGCAACAUUGAGUCCAGCCAAGCCGAGCAGGGGCAGAUGUGGCCCCCCGCCCCCCCCAAUGUCACUUUUGGGGUGUCACAGCGCAGGGCGAAUCCCCUGUCUCUGUCCUCGCUGCCCAAGGAGGGUCCCCAGGCCUGCGACGAGCUGUGCCCCGCGGAGGAGAACCUCUACGAGCCCCUGGACCCCGUCAUCACCGUGCCGAGCCAGAAGCACGUGCCCGACUCGCCGGCGUCGUGGUGCUGCUCCAGGGAGAAGCUGGUGCUGCUUGGCACCGUCGCACUGGGGGUCUCGGUGCUGGUGAAUGCGCUCUUGCUCGCCGUCGGCUCACGGCACAUUGCAGCCCUGACGGCGGCGCUGGAGGCGGAGAAGGCGAAGGAGCUGCCAAACAUGGUCUCCCAGUCCUUCCUGCUGUACAACGAAGCCCACAGCAUGUGCGUGGAGGCCAAGGGCCAAGAGUUGACGGUGACAACGUGCCAACCCCAGGCGGCGGCCCAACGCUUCCAGUGGUUGCAAGGGGGUCGGCUAUGGGGCUGGGGGAGCCAGCGUUGCGUUACAGCAACCCGCGGGCAAAACCUGGCUUUGGUGAGGUUGGAACCGUGCCGGGAUGACGAUACGCUGCAACGUUGGGAGUGUCGGGAUGGCGGGUUGUUGGCGUUGGCCGGUUACAAUCUCUACUUCAAUUACGGCAACAACAAGCAACGUACGGUGAUGCUCUACACCGGAGACCGCGAGUGGAGCCGCUGGGUCAUCCACGGCAGCAAGGAUGAUGUCUGUUCUCGCUCCGGCUGGACCUAUUUUGGGAAUUCCUGCUAUUUCUACUCCAAGACUCCGAGUUCCUGGGAGAACGCCCAGCGCUUCUGCUCGGUCCUGGGAAUGCAGCUCCUGGAGGUGGACGGCCCCGAAGAGAGGGGUCACAUCCAGACCAUGCUGCAAAGCUCCUCCUGGCUCGGCAUCAGGGACGUGGAGGUGGAGGGUACCUGGAAAAGAGCAAACGGCACCAUCCUACCCCGGGAAAGCAGCUCGUGGCACAGGGAUGAACCCAACGGUGGGCGGCAAGAGAACUGCGCAGCGGUGAGGGAGGACGGCGAGUG